CAACACUCCUCAGAACAAGACUGCGGGUAAAUAUUAUCACCUGCUGAAAUAUUGAAGCACUUUGGAGAGGCGUGGCACAGAGUGCGUGCGUGGCGCACGGCGGCACCAGGUAUAGGCGCGCACAGCCGUCCAAUGGGGCGCAGGGGAUUAAUCGAGGGUCUGGCGUAGCUGGGGGUGGGGGGUGAGGCUACCGAAUAGGAGGCGACUGCAGGAUGACCGACACACACACAUGCACGCACGCACGCACGCACACGCACAGUCUGGAGGAGACGCGGACGGAGCAAGUCUGAGGCAGGGGAAACUUCCGAGGCGCUGUCCAUGGUUCUGAAACCGCCGCCCGGGCGUCCCCUCUGCUCGUGACGGAGGGGACACACGACCUUAACCUCCACGUGAGCGUCACCUCCUUCCCCCUGUUCGCACCUGCAGCUGGAGGAUGAUGGGAGUCGUCUCGGACCUCGUCUCUCAGUCCGCAUGAUGGACGGAUGGAAAGGACUUGUGGAUUAAAAAAAACAAAACACCUCAUGCAGCGAAAAUGCGCCUGCAAGCGCUCGAUAACUGAGCUGAUUGAAGUGAGCAGCUCGGGAUUCAGCCACUGACCGAUUCCUUCGUCAACAUGUUAUAAAAAAAAAAUGAGCUUCACUGCCCUUCAAGCGUAGGAGACCUGCGUCUUUUGUUUGUUUGUUUUGUUUCUUAACGAGAAGAGGACGAAGACAUGGCUCGCCUGCUGGUUUUGGUCAACUCCGUGGUCCUGUUGCUUUUCGGCAGCGACGUGUUCUUGGUGGGAGCAAACCGGCCACCAGCUCCCGUCAACGUGUCCGUCAUGCACCUGCGGGCCGACUCGGCAACCGUAUCCUGGGAGGUUCCGGAGGGAGACAUCAUCAUCGGCUUCUCCAUCUCACAACAGAGGCAGGACGGACACAUGCAGCGAUUCAUUCGGGAGGUGAACACCACCAGUCGCUCCUGCGUCCUUUGGGACCUGGAGGAGGAGACGGACUACAUCAUCCAGGUCCAGUCGAUCGGCCUCUACGGGGAGAGCCAGGCCAGCAAGAAGGUGCAUUUUCGCACCCUCAAGAAGUCCGACCUCUUCCCGUCCAACAGCUCCAACCAAGAUGACCCCACUGUGCAAGGCCUGGACAAGUCACGGCAUCUACAAACAGGGGAGAUGAUCAUAAUCGUGGUGGUCUUGGUCAUGUGGGCAGCCGUGAUUGCCCUGUUCUGCCGGCAGUAUGACAUCAUCAAGGACAACGACUCCAGCAACAGUAAGGAGAAGCCCAAGCCGUCGUCGGAGAGGAGCACGCCGGAGCAUCACAGCGGGGGUCUGCUGAGGAGCAAGUUUCAUCCCUCGGUGCCGUCUAUAAACAUCAUAGAAGUCUGAGAAGAAGGACGGGAGAUCGGACCUUUCUCCUUUCAUCAUCAAAGCAUCUUCAACCUUUCUCACCGACGAGCGGGAGAACAAAGCUGAUCGAGGGAAACACAAACUUUCCUCGAGUCAACAUUAGUGAGGGAGGUUGGCAAAGACUGUCUUACAAAAGACACACAUGCAUGUACAUAAGAUUUAUAGAAAAACACUGAACUUCAAAUACAAAACCCAUCCAACGAUCUUGUAGGAAUCUACUCAACCACACACACACACACACACACACACACACACACACACACACACACACACACACACACACACACACACACACACACACACACACACACACACACACACACACACACACACACACACACACACACACACACACCGUACAGUAGCUCUAGCAGAAAAACCACAGUGCAUCAGUUAAUGUUAACCCACGGAGCAGUUAACAUUGAGGUCUCUACCAGGUGCUUGGGGUGUUUCUUGCAAUAGAAAAACACACAAUGCAACCUGAUCAUAUCUGGGAGGCCGGUCUUCAUGACUUUGAGUGUAUUUUUGAUAUUGGCAUGUGCAAUGAGACGCCACGUUCACCUGUUACAGACAAAGCAGCUCCAUAUGAAUCAACUUUUUCCCCAUUGAAAGUAGCAUAUAUACAAAUACUCUCCUAUCUGAAAUGUAUGAUAUUGCCUGACUGCAGAUUUUUAUUCAGGAGGGAAAGCAUCAGAAAUUCAUCUGUAAUAACUACAACCGCUUAAUUUAUUUUUCUUCCCAAGUAUUCAAAUUAAAGGUUCAGUGUGUAGAAUUUAGUGACAUCUAGUGGUGAAGUUGCAUGUUGCAGGUGAAUAGUGUUUAGUUUGUCCUGAUUCGACUAUUGUAAAAAAUAUGGCGGCCUCUGUAGAGAGGACCCGCUUCCGAUGUAAAUAUAAUGUAUUCAAAUAUAAAGGCCCAUUCUUGGGUAAAGUAAACAACAAUUCGUACAUUUGAGAUGAAACGCACGAUUGAAAACAUCACUAGGAUUAUUUUAUAUUCAAUUUCUGCCAAUAGAUCCCUUUCACUUAAAUCCUACACACUGGACAUUUAAAACUAUUACAUACAUUUAUUAAACAUUUCAUACAUGACAAACAUGACUGUACAUAUUCCAUUCAUUUGCUAAAGUUGCAUGCAGGUCAUUUGCCUGUAGAAUAGCAUUUGAUGUGCGCUCUAAGUUAGAUGCCAACAACGGAGGAAUAAAAAACGACCGCUGUUCCGUGAUACUGUUAAUGUUUUAUUCUCUGCCCUUUAGAAACAGGAAACCAUCUCUUAUACCCCAGUGUUUCAUUUUAGAUCUUGUACAUUUCCCGGGAAAUUGUAUUACCUGAAGUGUAAAAUAAAGCUUCUUUUUGAAUGUGCCAUUACUAAGUUGCUGCUAAUGAAA